CAGGAAGUAGUCUGAUGACUUGAUCUAGAUGUCAGUGCUUUGAGUCCGCUUAUUCCAACUCGCGAACAUACAAAGCUUCAUGACAGUACCCAAUUUUUCCAAUUUGGCGGUUUGGUUUGAUCUAUGAUUUGUCAUUCAAGAAAUUACAUAAACGUAGUUUCUUCAUUUGAAUUUUAAAUUUUAAAAAGUGAAAAGUGAGGAUUUUCCAGGAUAUAAGAAUUAUUAGCAACAGUUUUGUGGGUUAAUCAAUCCCUCACGGUAUUUCAAAAAUCCCCACAAAGAAGAAAAUAAACAGAUUUGUAAAAUCUUAUUCCAUUGUGAAGGUGUACAGAGAGCAAUUCACUUGUCUUGAUUUCCUUCCAGUAAGUUUCUAGUGACACUAAGAAUAAGUGGAACACUAGGCAUGCAAUUACUAAGUGAUGGAGAAAGAAGAGCUUCAUUUUAUACACCGAAAACAUCUUUUUACAUAAUCACGUCACCUAAAUGAUAAUUACAGGUCACCCUCCACAACAAGCGAAUUUAAUAUCAAAAAACAACUAAACAAGACAAGUAACAUGUCACAGCAUUUUAAAAUACACUCAUUCUUUUUGGAGACGUAUAAUAUUUUUUUAAAAGAAAAAGAAAAAUAUUGAAUUGAUUGAUGUUGGACGUGUCUCCAUUCCAUUUCCAAAUCCCACUCCACUUUGUCAUUGCAACAGCAAGUCAACCAACACCACAUUUCCCGCCAGAUAACACUAACCAUACAUCAAGAAAAAUGGUAACAACUUUUAUAUAUUGAAAAAAACAUAAACUGAAAAAUUUCUUCAGUUUCUCCAAAAUAAAGAAAACAAAAAGAAAUUGUUGUAAGAAAAAAUGGCACAAGUUGCAGCCAAAAAGAGACCUCCAAUAUCUUCAAAGCCAUCUCCCAAUGUUCUCCCUUACCAAACUCCAAGAUUAAGGGAACAUUACAGUCUUGGCAAUAAAUUAGGCCAAGGGCAAUUUGGUACAACAUAUCAAUGUACUGAAAAGGAAACAGGUCUUCAAUAUGCAUGUAAAUCAAUCCCAAAAAGGAAACUUUUAUGUAGGGAAGAUUAUGAGGAUGUUUGGAGAGAAAUUCAGAUAAUGCAUCAUUUGUCUGAACAUACUAAUGUUGUGAGGAUCAAAGGGACUUAUGAGGACAAUCUUUUUGUCCAUAUUGUCAUGGAGUUGUGUAAAGGUGGUGAGCUUUUUGAUAGGAUUGUUCAAAAGGGACAUUAUACUGAGAGGAAAGCAGCACAUUUGAUGAAGACAAUUGUUAAGGUUGUUGAGGCUUGUCAUUCUCUUGGUGUCAUGCAUAGAGAUCUUAAACCUGAGAAUUUCCUCUUUGAUAGUUCUGAUGAAGAUGCUACCCUUAAGGCUACAGAUUUCGGGUUGUCUAUUUUCUAUAGGCCUGGGCAAUAUAUCUCUGAUGUUGUAGGAAGUCCUUAUUAUGUUGCUCCUGAAGUGUUGCAUAGAUUCUAUGGACCUGAAAUAGAUGUAUGGAGUGCUGGAGUCAUCUUAUACAUCUUAUUAUCUGGGGUUCCUCCUUUCUGGGCUGAGACGGACAAUGGUAUCUUCAAGCAGAUAUUGAAAGGGAAGAUGGACUUUGAAUCUGAACCUUGGCCUCAUAUUUCUGAUAAUGCAAAAGACUUGGUUAAAAAGAUGCUCAACAGGGAUCCUAAAGCGCGAAUAACUGCUCAUGAAGUCCUAUGUCAUCCGUGGCUUGUGGACGAUGCAGCUGCUCCAGACAAACCUUUGGGAUCUGCUGUAUUGAAUCGCCUAAAACAGUUCUAUGACAUGAACAAGCUUAAAAAGAUGGCUUUACGAGUCAUAGCAGAAAGGCUUUCAGAGGAAGAAAUAGGAGGUCUAAAGCAGUUGUUCAAAAUGAUUGACACGGAUAACAGUGGAACAAUCACAUAUGAGGAAAUGAAAGAGGGGUUGAAAAGAGUAGGAUCUGACCUAGUGGAGUCCGACAUAAGGGCCCUGAUGAAAGCGGCUGACUUAGACAACAAUGGCACGAUUGACUACGCUGAAUUCAUUGCUGCAACAUUGCAUUUGAAUAAGAUGGAGAGGGAGGAGAAUCUGCUUGCUGCAUUCUCCUACUUUGACAAAGAUGGCAGUGGUUAUAUCACAACUGAUGAACUUCAACAGGCUUGUAUAGAAUUUGGCCUUGGUGAUGUUAAAUUGGAUGACCUAAUUAAAGAGAUUGACAUAGACAAUGAUGGACGCAUAGAUUAUGGAGAAUUUGCUACAAUGAUGAAGAAGGGAAAUACAGGAUUUGCAGCCAGAACUAUGAGAGGCAAUUUGAACUUUAACUUGGCAGAUGCUCUUGGAGCAAGUGACAGUGAGAAAAAUCAAUAGAAGACCAAGCUGAUUUUAGAAGUUGGAUCAACCAAUAACAGAAGGAGGUCAUGAGGCUAUCGACCGGACGAGAGAGGUCAGGUAGAGCUGCAUUUUUCGAGACAAUAUUGGGGCGUUACCAACAUAGAUUGGUGCUUUUUAUAUAUCAUGGUAGAUAGUUUUAGUGCUACAGUAGCAAAAUUACAGUUGUUGCUACUUUCAACAACAACAUACACGGUAUAUUUCCACAAGUGAAAUCUGGGAAGGGCGGAUGUACACAGAUCUAACUCGCACCUUAGCUAUUUUAUCUUAUUCUAUAAUUAGAGGGUUUUUCCUCUAGUUCAUAAAUUCAGAUUACAGUUUUCUGUACUUGAGAAGUGUUGUAAAAAUCUUCUUUAUGUCUAUAUUAAUUUUGAUGUUAUUAGAAAUUGAGAACUUUUUAA